CAACUUGCGUAUGUGCCCUGACUGGGAAUCAAACCUGCCACCUUUUGGUGUAAGGGACGAUGCCCAAACAACUCAGUCACAUUGGCCAGAGUUCAUUUUACUUCUUUACUGAGGCAACUCCCUUUUGCGCACUAUUCCCACUGCCCCGAGAGUUCUGGUGUUUCUCCCUCUGGCUCUCUGGAGCUAAAGGGAUGUUUCCGCUCACCCACUUGGAUGGCUCUUUUCUCGGCCUUGGGUGAUGUCUUCUCAGACAUGGUGUUGUAUUAGGUUUCUGUGGCUGCUGUAACAAAUAACUACAAACACAGUGGCUUAAACAGCAGACCCUUAUCUUAAAGUCCUUGAGGUUGGUAGUCUGCCAUGGAUCUCACUGGGCUAAGAUCUAGGGCAGUAGGGCUGUGCUCCUUUCUGGGGGCUAUGGGGAGGAUCUGUUUCCUGCUGUUUUAGAUUGUUGACAGAAUUUUGUUCUUUGUGUGUGUAGGACCGAAGCCCCUGUUUGCUCAGGUGUAUUGCUGCUCAGCCUGAAUGUGCCCUCCCUGCGGUUUGAGAAGGCACUGGCCGCGUCCAUACCGCGCUAGAGGAAGCCGAGACCUCCGUGAUGACGCAGCUCUACGUGAAGAAGCUGUCCACAGUCCUGCUGGACGCCGUCACUGACAAGGACCCUCUGGUGCAGGAGCAGGUAUGCAGCGCCCUGUGUGCCCUCGGAGAGUCGCAGCCGGAGGAGACGCUCAGUGCUUGUGAGGAGCACUUGCGGCAGCACGAAAAACUGGCACAUCCAUACCGGACGAUGAUCCUGAGGGCCAUGGAGAUGGUUGUGAGCAAUCACAUCAACGAGCUGGACAAGGACAUGGCCAGGGCUGUCAUCCUCCUGGCCUCCAGUGAGAUGACCAAGGCGAAGGACUUGGUUUGUGACUGGCAGCAGGCUGCCAGCAAUGUCCUUGUGGCUGUGGGAAAGAGGUUCGUUGGCAUGGUGAUGGAGGAGAUGCUUGGCAAGUUCCAGCCCGGGGUCCUGCCGCACUGCUUUGUGGUACAGACGUUGGCCAACCUCUCAGUCUCCAAUGUGUUUGGCAUGGUGCCCUUCCUGACGUCUGUCCUGAGCACCAUGCUGCCCAUGCUGAGCAUGGCCAAGCACGAUACGCUGAGGAUGGUGUUCUGUUGUGCCCUGCAGCGCUUCAGUGAGAGCACCCUUGAGUACCUGGCCAACCUGGACCAAGCCCCAGACCCCACGGUCAGGAAGGACACCUUCGCCUCUGACAUUAGCAGUGCCUACGACACACUCUUUCACCACUGGCUGCAGAGCCGCGAAGCCAAGCUCCGGCUCGCUGUGGUAGAGGCUCUGGGGCCCAUGAGCCACUUGCUGCCCAGCGAGAAACUGGAGGAGCAGCUCCCCAAGCUUCUACCUGGAGUCCUCGCCCUCUACAAGAAGCAUGCUGAGACCUCCCAUGUGUCCAAGCAGAGCCUGGGCCAGAUCCUCGAGGCUGCAGUGAGUGUGGGCAGCCGCACCCUGGAGGUCCAGCUAGACUCACUCCUGGCCGCUCUGCAUGCUCAGAUCUGUGUGCCUGUGGAGUCUUCCAGCCCCCUGGUGACGAGCAACCAGAAGGAGGUGCUGCGCUGCUUCACAGUGCUAGCGUGCUGCUCGCCUGAACGCCUGCUGGCCUUUCUGCUGCCCAAGCUGGACACCAGCAAUGAGAGGACCCGCGUGGGCAGCCUGCAGGUCCUGAGGCAUGUCAUCAACUCGGCUGCUGCUCAGAUGGAGGUUAAGAAGCCCUUUAUCCUGUCCUCCAUGAGGCUUCCUCUUCUGGACACCAACAGCAAGGUGAAGCGGGCGGUGGUGCAGGUGAUCAGCGCCAUGGCCCACCACGGCUACCUGGAGCAGCCUGGGGGUGAGGCAAUGCUGGAGUAUAUUGUACAGCAGUGCGCACUGCCCCCCGACAUCCAGCCUCAGAAGCCCGGCAAUGGGGAGGAGCCCCCGGCCGACAGCGUGCGUGACAUUAGCAUUAGUACCCUCUACUUGGUCAGCACCACUGUGGACAGAAUGAACAAUGUCCUCUGGCCAUACCUGCUCGAGUUCCUCACCCCUGUGCGCUUCACCGGGGCUCUGACCCCGCUCUGCAGGAGCCUGGUACACUUGGCCCAGAAGAGGCAGGAGGCGGGAGCUGAUGCCCUCCUCAUCCAGUAUGAUGGCAGCGUGACCCUGCCAUCUCCUUAUGCCAUAGCCACAAGGCUUCUGACCGUGUCUUCACGCCCCUACCUGGGGGAUGGCCGAGGGGCAGCCUCACUGUGCCUCCUGAACGUCCUGCAUCGGGAUAUCCACCCUUUGCUGGGUCAGCGGUGGGCAACAACCAUCCCCCUCCUGCUGGAGUACCUGGACGAACAUACUGAGGAAACCUUGUCCCAGAAGGAAUGGGAGGAAAAGCUGCUGAUGUUCCUUCGAGACAGCCUUCCUGUUGUGUCUGACAACACAUGGAUCUGCCAGCUGAGUCUAGAGAUGUGCAAGCAGCUACCCUGCUACAACGAGACACCCCAGGAGAAGAACUUCCUGUAUAAAUGCGUGGGGACCACCCUGGGUGCUGCUUCCAGUAAGGACGUGGUGAGGAAACUUCUGCAGGAGCUGCUGGAAACGGCCAGAUACCAGGAGGAGGCUGAGCGUGAGGGCCUGGCCUGUUGCUUUGGGAUCUGUGCCAUCUCCCACAUGGAUGACACCCUGGCCCAACUGGAAGACUUCGUGAGGUCAGAUGUGUUCAGAAAAUCCAUCGGCAUUUUCAACAUUUUUAAGGAUCGGAGUGAUAACGACAUAGAGAAAGUGAAGGGCACCCUGAUUCUGUGCUAUGGGCACGUGGCUGCACAGGCCCCCCGAGAGCUGGUGCUGGCCAGGGCAGAGCCCGACAUCCUGCGGAACAUGUUUCAGUGCUUCAGCACCAAGGUUCUGGGAAUAAAGGUAGAGACCAAGGACCCAGCCCUGCAGCUGUGCCUCGUCCAGAGCGUGUGCAUGGUGUGCCAGGCUCUCUGCAGCAGCACAGAGGCCGGUGCCUUCCACUUCUCGCGGAAGGCAGAGCUGGUGGCCCAGAUGAUGGACUUCAUCAAGGCGGAGCCCCCAGACUCCCUGCGAACACCCAUUCGGAAGAAGGCCAUGCUCGCCUGCACCCACCUGGUCUCCCUGGAGCCAGAGCUGGAACAACAGGCACAGACGGACAUGGUCCACGGCUGUCUGCACAGCAUCAUGGCCGUGCUGCCCGAGCCUGACAGGGAAGAUGGCUCCCGGGAGUCCCUGUUCCUGGACACCAUGCAUGCCCUUGAGGAUCUGCUUAGGAGCAUCCUUCAGCGUAACAUGACCCCCCAGGGCCUGCAGAUCAUGGUGGAGCACCUGAGCCCAUGGAUCAAGUCCCCUCGGGGCUAUGAGCGGGCGAGGGCGCUUGGCCUGAGUGCCUGCCUGCUGCAGUUCUUCCUGGAGCAUCUGCAUGUCAGUGCCCUGGUGCCCUUCCACAACCUGGGCCUUCUCGUCGGCCUCUUCUCCCCACGGUGUGCGGACCUGUGGCCUGCCACCCGCCAGGAGGCCGUGAGCUGUGUCUACUCUCUGCUCUACCUCCAGCUGGGCUAUGAGGGCUUCUCCCGUGACUACCGGGAUGACGUGGCUGAGCAACUCCUCACCCUCAAAGACGGCCUUGUUCACCCGGACCCUGCUGUCCUCUUCCACAGCUGCUACAGCAUAGCUCAGAUUAUUGCGAAGCGCCUCCCACCAGAUCAGCUCAUCAACCUCUUGCUUACCUUGUUUGAGAGCCUGGGAGACCCUGACAAGAACUGCUCCCGAGCUGCUACCGUCAUGAUCAACUGCCUGCUGAAGGAGCGGGGCAGCAUGCUCUUGGAGAAGGUACCCGAGAUCAUAAGCGUGCUGCGCUCUAAGCUUCAGGAGACCCGAGAGGAGCAUGUCCUACAGUCCGCACAGCACAGCGUGUACAUCCUGGCAUCUCAACACUGCGUGGCCGUGGUGUCCAGCCUCCUGGGCAGCCCCCUACCCUUUGACAGCCUCACCUGUACCCUGUGGCGGGCAAUGGCGGUGGAGCCGAGCCUCAGCACACAGGUCCUGGAGCUGCUCUUGGAGAAGAUGAGCAGAGACGUCCCCUUCAAGGAGAGCCGGGCCUUCCUGCUAAGCAGCUCCCCCGACCGCGUGGCCACGCUGCUGCCCCUUGCGGCCACCUGUGCACUGCACGAGAUCAUGUCUGCUCCAGCAUCCGGGCCCGCGGUGAUUGAGCUUUACCCUGAGCUGUUUGCUGGGCUGCUGCUGCGCAUCAGCUGCAUGGUGGGCGUACAGCUGCCCCGGAACCUGCAGGCCAAGGAGCGGAGGGCCGCCAGCUCAGUUCUGGCCUCCAAGACCCUGGAUCCCUGCAGGUGUCUGGAGUUGGAAGUGCCCCUUGGUUGGGACACAUGGGGACAGCGUCACUUCAACCACCCCCACUGCAGGGCUCCUCCACCACAGGACCAACUCGUAAAGUCUGGAAGAGGCUGCAUGCCAGGGCUUGCCCGGCUCUGCAUAAGCCAAGUGGAAAAUGUGAACAGACCAGAGGACACUAGCCCAAUGAGCCCUGGGCCUGCCGUGCCGGACUCUGCCCCAUGGCCAUGAGCUGUGGGGGCUACAGGCCGCACACCCCCACCAGGGGCCCCUGGGCUGUAUCCCUGAAGUGGAACAUGAGCAGAGCCAGGCACUGGGUUUGGCUCUGACAGAGGCUGUCAGCCAGCGAGUCAGACCCUUGCAAACGCCACAUCCACAGAAAUUCCAGGCAGCAGGCAGACAGGCAAGGGAGGCACCCUCACUUAAAUUGUUCACAUUCUCCCAAACCAGACUGGCGCCUCCAUUUGUUGCAGCCAAGAGCCGCCCAGAGUGCUGGUCUCAGCCUAGAGCAGGGUAUGGGGCUGAUCCCAUGGGCCUGGCCCUGCUGCUGCCCUGGGCAUCUGCCCAGUGGCCAUGAUGGCCUAUGAGGGAAGCCCCAGCAAUGACUGGGCCUUCACUGGCUCCAGGGACAGCAAAGGAGACACAGCAAGAGCCACCUUCCAGUGCUUUCUCUCUGGGGAGGGGCUGUAGGGGGGGGGUGUUUGCUGACACUCAGCGAGGGUGACCAUGGGGAUGGGAUGGGCCAAGUGCACUGGGUUGUGUCCACACUGUUGGGCUGAAGGAGGCCAGUCAGGUAUGCUGCCCCCUGGCCCCAGCCUGUGUAGGCACUUCUGGUGGGUGUCUGCCCUGAGGCCAGGAACUCCCAGGGGCGAAGCCUCGUUCACACACACUUCUGUAGGCCAGUGUGAGGUGACCACUGUGCAGAAGAGUGUGGGUAAAGGGGGGCUCCCUGUGUGGUUCUGAGGACCCUGCCAAGCUGUCUCUAGGCCACAGGCUUUGCUGGGAGGUUCUGCCAGGUGUAGAGCCCACACUGUUCUCCCCAGACCUUGUCUUGAAUGCUUCUGUCUGAGUUGGGGGUUUAUCCAAGCAAGAGGAGCUGACACUGAAUUCCAGCUGGGCCCUGUAAGCUCUGGCCCCUCCUAUGGGAUUCUGGUUGGGGCAGCAGGCAAGGCCCACACCUGCCAUCCUCCAGCUGGCUCAGCUGGUGAACAGAGCUGGACACUCUGCCAGCUGCUCCAGCUCUUGUCUACCAUGUGUCCUGGGAGCAGGGUUCUCUCCAUGACUUACAUAGCAGCCCAGUUGAUAUCUGGGAGUGGGCUGGGCCUUUUCUGCUGUCCCUUCCCCCAGGGCUGUGAAGUCUCCUGGGUGGGUAAGGCUGUGCAUAUAGGAGAGACAAGGCUGGAGGUGCAGAAACAGGCUUUGUGGGGGGUCCAGGCCCAGGAGUGGGGGACAGGUGCAGUCUUCACAGCUCACCUGAGACCAGAGAGUCCAUAGCUACCUGGCUGUGCCCUGUGCCCAGAGUGAGGUAGGGGGAGCUGAGGGCCUGCUUCCCACAGGGGGUAGCUGGCAGGGUGGGAGCACUCAGCUCUGGGACUCGUGUUUGGGGGUCGGGGGGCUGCAGAGCUGAGUGCGCAGCCACACGCCCCUGCAGCUCAGCAGUGGAUGCUCUUCGGGCUGUACUGCUCCGGGGCGGCAGCGAGGACGUGGUACAACGUGUGGAGCUGGAGGGAGGCUGGGAGUCA